AUGGUUAAUAUGGGUGGUAGGGGUGAAGGCUCGAAGGCACUGUCACCAGAGAAGGAGGAAACCGCAUCCAACAACUAUGAUGCGUGGGCCGACCCCGCAUUCAGCUGCGGCGAGCAAGCUGCAUUUUCCUUCAAUAUUUUGGAAUUUGGGGUCAAUAUUGAUGAUGUUUGGGAUGGAUUUCUGUUUAGGUGGAUAGAUGCUAAUAUUGCAGCGACGUUUGAUGGAACUCUUGAUCAAUUAGUUUAUCUUUUUUCCAAGCAAUCAGGGCUUAAGACAACUGCAGUAAAGUUCCGUGGUGAUAAUCAUCUAUCAAAUGAAGAAUUUGUGCAGAUCUUACGUGAGAAGAGCACUGAAUUCUUGAGGGGCAGUUCUAAUUCUCUGUGCAGAGAAGUUAUGCUUGGGUCAUUGGGAAGCUCGGAUGGGUCAAUUUCUUGGAAAGAGGUGAGCAAAUUGAGGGGCAGUUACGCUGUGGCCCAAAUGAGGCAGUUUCUUGGCAAGAGAUGUGCAAAAUCUUUUAAUUGCAUCCUUCCUAAUCUGUUACUAUUCAUGCAUAAUACUACGAAUUCAAGUGCAAUGGUUGAAGCUGCGAGAGAGAAGUAUGGCAGGGAAAUCAAAGUUGUGUCUAAUGCUCAUAAGUCAAAUAAUGACUCGAGUCCACACCAAAGGACUUGGCAUUGCCAGUUAAAAAGAAAACAAGACGACGAAUGGCUUCAUACGUUUCGCUCCAAAUCUUUUGGGGACACCAUGCUUUCGGCAAGUUUUGAAGUACAA